GCAUCAGUUGGAUCAAAUUUAUGCACCCGUUCGGUAUCAUCCCGCAAGAGCGCGUGCCGUCCGCGUAGACAAAAACCUCCGUUGGUCGCCUUGGGCCAAGUGAAACAACGGUUGUCGUGUGGAAACUGUGUGUAACGUCUGCACGAGCAGCGGGUGCGCGUGUGCUUAAGCCAACAGUGUAUUUGUGCGUGUACGUGUGCUUACAAGUUUGUGUAUGAGUAGGAAAAGUUUUUCCUGAGACCUAUGAGUAGGAAAAAAGGUCUCAGUGUGAAUUUUGUGCGUGAGUAUUGUGAGGUGCGUAAGGCGUAGUAGCAUCUACUACAGCUACUGCUACUACUAGUCUUGCGAGUGUGUACGAAUGGCACAGCUUCAAAGUUGUACCCAAGUUGCUACGGGCGAGUGAAGCGCACUCACACAGUACAUGCACAAUUGCACAAAACACGCGGUGCAGUGAGCAAUUGCGAUACUAAUUGGCCAGGUGGCGGUGGAUAAACUGCGCAAAUAAGCAGUCGUACGCCGAGCGCACGGUAAAGUGAAGAUAAAUUGUGACGUCAUUUGUUUUCCAUCUGGUUUCCAGCGUUUGGUACAAGUAAGGGUGAAAACCUCCCCAUAGAAAAACGCGGAAGCUUACUUAUCACGCUCAUCUCCAACGUUCGACUUCCAUGCUUCCAAGUCACGAUAAGCACAGACACCGAUAGUCGGGCGUGUAGCAGGAAAAGCUGUGGCCAACCGCUUUUGCUGUCGGUGCACCGAACGGACUCUCGCUGCUGCUUACGGCUGGAAGAUGAAGCGACAUCGUUAGCAUCAUGAAAGGCGGCAUAUCCUGUUGCUACCUACCGAGAAGUUCACCAUUGCACUCGAAAGUCCGCUGAACUCGACCCGACCACGCAACGCCUUCUGCCGGGGAUGGAAUGUUACACGUCUGAUGGUCGUCCCUGGAGUCGUCCCGCGAGCAGCCGCAAACGGAACACCGUGAGCAGUCCCGUCCGACGGCAGCAUGCGGGAAAAGAUUCCUAAAGUGCCCACCGGCAACAACUAGCACGCGAAUCGACCGAUGGUGGUUGGAAGGAAACCAAAAAAGAAACCCACACACACAUACACACAAAACGGACACCAGCCAACCGAAAUCCGACAAAUUUGCUCGAGGUUCGAUGAGUCGCGUCAGGGCUAAAAUGUGCGUUGAAAGUGAUUAAUCACCGGCAAGUGCCAACACCCGAUGGAGGUUCUUGGACGGGACGCCUAGACGACCGGAGGGGAGUAGGGAAUUGUUGCGUAGCAGUUGGUUUUGCGUGAAUCAAAUAUCCUUUGCGGGGUGUUGCGGCUGUACGCUGUGGGCCAACUUAUUACGAGCCUCUGUCUCUGAGGGAUCACGGAAGGAAGUUCAGCUUUCGGUGCUCAGUGGUUCGAAGACGUACAAUAGCCACAGGGUAAUUUCUAGAGGGGGUUUUGUUAUCUCCAAGGCAACCGAAGAGGUACUUGUGACGAUUAAAUGGUGUAUGUGUGUGAGUGAGUGUUAGUGUGCAGGAGUCCUUGAACGGUAGUAGCCACAGUUGUGAAGUUGGAGAGUGUACAGUGAACUCCAACCCUGAUCAGAAUUCUCGACUGAAGCUUAAGCUUCAAAGAUCGCCUGCAGUGUUGAAUUCUUGGUGAAGUAAGUGACCCUUACCAUAGCCCGUGUCUGGCGCCGUACAACCACCAACGUUUCUGCGACCAUCCACCGACUCUCGACUCUCGCCUCCGGUGGGUAGUUGCGCAUCUGGAGGAUCAUUGAAAAAUUCCACCGAAUAGUAUGGCUUCGGUCGCCGCUUGGUUGCCAUUCGCACGGGCGGCGGCCAUCGGCUGGGUGCCGAUAGCGUCCCAUCCGCUACCGGCCCCGCCGGUGUUCAAGGACCGGCUCCGCUCGGAAGAUGAGAAGCUCAUCAUCAACGUGUCCGGCCGGCGGUUCGAAACCUGGCGCACGACCGUCGAAAAGUACCCGGACACGCUGCUCGGCUCGAACGAGCGGGACUUUUUCUACGACGAGGACAGCAAGGAAUACUUCUUCGACCGCGAUCCGGACAUCUUUCGGCACAUUCUCAACUACUACCGGACCGGCAAGCUUCACUACCCGCGGCACGAAUGUCUGCUCAGCUACGACGAGGAGCUGGCGUUCUUCGGCAUUAUGCCGGACGUGAUUGGGGACUGCUGCUACGAGGACUAUCGCGAUCGGAAGCGCGAGAAUGCCGAGCGGCUGAUGGACGACAAGCUGUCGGAGAACAGCGACAACAACCUGCAGCAGCUGACCAACAUCAGACAACGGAUGUGGCGCGCCUUCGAGAAUCCGCAUACUUCCACUGCCGCGCUCGUGUUCUACUACGUCACGGGCUUCUUCAUUGCUGUAUCUGUGAUGGCGAACGUCGUCGAGACGGUACCGUGCGGGGUACGGCCGGGUCGGGCCGGCACACUGUCCUGCGGCGAGCGCUACAAAAUCGUCUUCUUCUGUCUGGACACGGCGUGCGUGAUGAUCUUUACCGCCGAGUAUCUGCUCCGGUUGUUCGCUGCCCCGUGCCGGUGCAAGUUCGUCCGGAGCGUGAUGAGUAUCAUCGAUGUGGUCGCCAUCCUGCCGUACUACAUCGGGCUGGGCAUCACGGACAAUGACGAUGUGUCGGGCGCGUUCGUGACGCUGCGAGUGUUUCGCGUCUUCCGCAUCUUCAAGUUCUCGCGACACUCGCAAGGUUUGCGCAUCCUGGGCUACACGCUCAAAUCGUGCGCAUCCGAGCUUGGGUUCCUGGUGUUUUCGCUCGCCAUGGCCAUCAUCAUCUUCGCCACGGUCAUGUUCUACGCGGAGAAGAACGUGGACGGCACCAACUUUACCUCGAUUCCGGCCGCGUUCUGGUACACGAUCGUCACCAUGACCACACUCGGCUACGGUGACAUGGUGCCGGAAACGAUUGCCGGCAAGAUCGUCGGUGGCGUUUGCUCGCUGAGCGGUGUGCUGGUCAUCGCGCUACCUGUACCUGUAAUCGUGUCCAACUUCAGCCGCAUCUACCAUCAGAACCAGCGGGCGGACAAGCGGAAAGCACAGCGGAAAGCACGCCUUGCCCGAAUACGAAUAGCGAAAGCGGGCGCCAGUGCGGCGUUCGCGAGCAAGAAGAAGGCGGCCGAGUCGCGCCUAGCGGCGCAGGAGUCUGGCAUUGAACUGGACGACAACUACAACGACGAAGACAUCUUUGAGCUACAGCAUCAUCAUCUGUUGCGAUGCUUGGAGAAGACUACGGACCGGGAGUUUGUCGAGCUAGAGACGCAGUACAAUGGACAGACGAAGCGGCCAGGAUCUCCGUCACCGAUGGCCAGUCCGUCGCAUUCGGCCAACACGGCUACGGGAGCUACCGGGCUACUGCAGUCCUGCUGCGGACGAUGCUGCUCCCAGCGAUAUCAGGACAACCGGGAGUCGGGAAGGAUCUCCUUCGACGACACGGGAGACGAGGAGGAAGGGAAAGGUGGUGGAGGUGGUGAUGGUGCAGGAGGAAGAGGCGUAAGAAGAAGAGGAAGCGAUGGGGACUGUGAGCGUACGGGCACCAGUGCAGCCAAGUAAUGAACCAUAAAAUAAUGAUCCCUGAUGAACUACACCUCAGCGAAUCAAUGAUGCCAGGAGGACGAUAUUCCGCUACGGGAAAGGAAGAAAUCAUAAUAAACUGCGCGCACCAGCGUAGAGAAUAUCGUUCCGCCGUAGAUCACCUACCCCCCACACCCUCUCGACGCCCCGAAGAUCACGCCCCGUGACGAAUGCGAUCAUGAUAAUCAGCGAACCGUGACUGUGCGCGCGCAUACAACCAAAAGCUGGGACCAUCCGAAGGCGAAGAUUCUGCCAGAAGAUUCCCCGAAAAACGAGGAAAAGUGCUAGUUCCAUCGUGGUGAUGAGGAAGCAAAACUGAUACCGUUCAUUCCAGCACCAGUAUCACCACGAAGGGAAAAGAAGCCGGUGGCAGGAGGGAUGGGGGUUAAAUCUGCAAUCAACAACUCGCACAUCGUUCAUCGUAAUUUCGGAGAUUUUAGGAACAACUAUCCAACCCCGUUUGUUAUUCCGAAGGGAUACCACCGCCAUGGUCAGUAGCGAUCAGGACACGCGAUCUAGACAGGAUCAAACAGACGGGCAGACUGGUUCGUGGUGUAUGGGAUUGUAUGCAUCACUAUGGUAGUGAGAAUCCGUUUGUCCUGCGUGAGUUGAUGCUAAUUUUAGGGUACACGAUUGGCAUAGUGAAUAGAAAGCGCUCCUCUUCAUCACGGACUCACCGUGUAGGAUACGUUAGGGCAUGAGUCUAGGAAGAGAAGAAGCGCGUAAAAACAACUGACAAACAUUAGGUUUUAGCUGAGACACAACCCCGGAUGCAGGCAGUACAUACUAGCGAACCCACACCACUUUAUCACACUUUAGCUACGUAAAUUGUACAGUGUUACUCCAUUUUCACCUUUCUAUCUCUUUGAAAAACAACAUACACAACACAAGCUAUUUUAUCAAAAAACGAAGGAGAAAACAAUUAAAUCAGAAAUGAAUAACACAAAGAGAUAAGAGUGAAGCGAUUCAAAACUUGGAAAAAUAUCUUCCCGAGGUUUAGCCGAAAUGUUACUGUUAAUAGCGAAGAUCGUAUCGAAUUUUCGAUCCAUCCAAGAGGAGACCAGCUUCCACUCAGUAAUACAACACACAAUACUGUCUCUCUGACACACACAAACACACACACUCUCUCUCCCUUUUGAGAGGUCCUUUGUAGGAUAGCGUGUUAGGGCGGAUUCGGAGAGAUGGUAAUCGGAAAUUGUUCUUCUAUCAAUACUACUACCAACCACUACUACUACAACUACAUCUACUACUACUGCUAUCUACUACUACCACUACUACGAAACCAAGCCCUAGCUACUACUACUACUACUAUUACAAACUAGGCGGAGAUGCGGCAGCGCGAUGAAUACUAGGUAUUGGCCGCACGGUACGCCACUGAGGCCAGCAACUCCAUCAAAACCCUUUUUAGGAUAGCCGUUCAAUGAAAGCGUGAAGCGUAGCGUUAAAGCAUUAGCGUAAGCCAUACUGUUAGCUAUUAGGAUUAGUUCUCCCCCCCCCCCCCCCCUCGAUGCUAUGGGCAUCGAGUUUGACGAAAACUAAAGAAAAACAAGGGAAAAUGAAGCGAGAGAGAGAAAAAAACAAACAAAAAUCAACAUAGCUUUAAACGGAUUAAACGAGACGUAAACCACAGAAAAAACAGUCGUGCUAGGUGGAUUUAAACGGAUUAAACGAGACGUAAACCACAGAAAAAACAGUCGUGCAAGGUGGAACGGUGAAUUACAAUAGAUUACAAUAGAUGCAAUCCCAUUUGAUAGUCAAAAAAAGGACGGCAGACCAAAAUAGCCCUCGAUGCUCGAUGAUAUCACAUAUCACUCGCGUGUGAAGAAAAAAAAACUUAAAACGGUGAAAAUGUUUUUCGAAAUCAUAAAGACAAUGAGAAGAUUAAGCACUCAAUUCAAUAUUAGAGAGAGAGAGAGAAAAAGAGAGAGAGUAUGAGUUUUUCUUAGUUCAGUUCAACCGAUAUGAAUUCUUUUGUAUUUGUAAUGAUUUUCUUUGUAGAUAAAAAUAUUUUCCUCUUUUUUAUCAAAACUAUUAAUUUCACCAGCCUACAUUACACAACACGUAAGGAAGCAAUAAUUUUAGUAAAAAAACAAAAUGGCGUCAGAAAGGAGAGGUGCGCAAAUUUUCUAACCACAAACACAGUCGAUUUUAACUAGUUACACUGCAGUGAAUGGUGAAAAGGUAGCAGAUGAUAAAAUGUAAAUAAGAACACCAGACAGACACAAAGCUAACAAAUGAAUCGUAGAUAUACCAAAACCAAAAGGAAGGCAAAACGCCCAAACCAAACUCCCCGCAUAGCAGAAGGAUUUGUGUUUUGGGUUCGUUUUACUACUGUGCAGCAAUCGUGUAGGGAACAGGGUGGCGUGAAAAAUCCUUCCCCCCUACUGUUCAUGUUCGUGUACCGUGUGUGUGUGUACGUGUACGUGUGUGUGUAUGUUUGCAAAUUGCAAUUGCAUGUUUCAGUUCCUUCGCGAUCCUUCCGAGAAAGAAAUAUUGUUAUGAGUGUGAGAAUGUGAAUUUAAAAACAAAAAAAAAACAAGAGGAAAAACGAAUCUCUUCUUCAUUUCGUCUCGUAUGCAUUAAAUCAAUCUUCCAGCUAGAUCUGUGAAUACUACUUUAAACCAAAAGGAAGGAAAAAGAAAUGAAAAGUAAACAAAAAAAAAACAGAAAACAAACUUAUAUAAUCGAAUUACGUGACGUGAUUGUUGUUUAUUGAUAAUUGAAUAAAAGAAGAAAAGAAAAAAUAGAAAAGAGGUAAAUAGAAGGAAACACACACACACAAACAUACAGUUUUAGAAUAAAUAAAUGGAAGACAGAAGAGAAAACGAAAAUCAAACAAAGAGAACGAACAUUAAAUGAUUAGAUGUAUGUUAGUUACACGUAAUAGAGCAGCAAAAAACCCAAACACACACACACGGUAGGAUGAAAAAGCAAAUCGAAAAAAAAACGAAGAAAAGAUUGAUUAUGGGAAAACUGCUUUAGCGUAAGGAAACAAUUCGUAAGGCUAAUAUCAACUAUUGAUGGAUGUUAUAAACAUUAUUAUGAUUAUGAAACUUUUCAAUACAAACGAAAACAAAAAACAAAACCCAAAACCUACUGCUUAGACGUAAUUGAGAUUAAAAAAAAUGUAAAAGGGUAACUGUUGAUGGAGGGUAACAUCUCUUACGAAAUACAUUCAGCAGCGUUACUCAUUUGACGAGAAAAUGGAAGAGCAAAACCCCCCGAUCAAUUGCAGCACAUCGUGUGUUAGGACGGCAAGCUCGGGCAUACUGCUGGAUGAUAGUGACCGAACCUUCCCUUAAGACGAUCAGGACUCAACAUGGUCAAAUCUAGGGACGAAUCGAAAGCAGUAAAGAACGUUACGGGGAUGAACAAGUCAAACUUAUGAAGUAGUUGUAAGUGGGCGUACGCGAUUCAUACCGGAGCCCAGUUUAACAGUUGACCUGUUAUCAAUUAUUUAGCGCAGUGAACAGUUGACGUACACUUAGCCCUUAGUCAAUGGUAAUGAUGUAAAUGAUACGAACAAAAAAGAAAGAAAAACCAGCACAAUAGUCCUUUUGUGUGCCGGGGAAAGGUGUGCUGCUGGAUGGAGAACAUUAAAAGAAGAAAGCGCAAGUGACAGAUUAAACCAUAAUUCUAAACCACACAAUGCAUCGCGGCAGAGAAGUGAAGCGGAAAUGUGAGACAGAAGAAACUAAAGCAAAGUCGAAAGCUGAAGGAACUAGGUGGAAAAAAAGAACAAAAUUAAUGUAAAAGAAUGCAUCGUUGUUUCGUGUAAAAGCAGAAAGUGUAAGACAUUUAGCGAACGUUCGUAAUAAAAAGAAGGAGCUACUUUAUGAUAAAUCUCACAACCACCCGACAGGUGACGCAUACGGGAACCCAUGUUUUCGAUGGGCACGGACAGCUGUAAGGUGAAAGAUAUUUUUAAGCAAAAUCCAACUCGUCAUGAAUGAAUGUAUUAUAUUAAUAUUACUCGUGGUAAAACCAAAUCCAAAACCAAAUCCUGCACAGUGGUAAGGAAGAGAACACACACACACACACACCCUUGGCCAGGAUAACCGCCAUCUUUUGAAGUGACAUCGAAGAUCACGCAACAGUUACUACGAUUUUAAGCAUGCAAAUUUGAUGUACACAAAAGGGUAGGGUGAUGGUGGUUCGGGUCAUGGGUUGGUGUUGGGUCAGGGGAGAGGAGUGGCAAGGAGAGUGGUGUUAUGUUCUUGUGGUUCUUGGGACUGCUUUCACUCAAUACUUCCACCAGCUACACGGUGCAAAACACGGGCAAACUCGAGCUCGGGUUUUGCGAUUUCUUACGUUGCUCUGUUGAUUCCAUUUUAGCGCUACUGAAAGCAGAAUUAUUCUCUGUAGGAGUUUCUCACUUUUAGUGCGUUGCUAUAGGAUUGUCUUCCCUUUCCAGCUCGGGACGUACCGGCAUCUGUAGAGCAUUAGCAGCAAACACAUAGCGGCAGGAGAAGAAAGAACGAAACCGAACUAAUACAGUAGAUUUGAACUGGUGUGUAGUGUGUAGCUUAGCAGGGAAACCAAACAAUACAAGCAAAACUACAACUAGAGAAGAAAUACAAACUGGAAACAACAGAGAAGAUAAAAGGAUAGAAAACAAAUAGAACAAAAAUAGCCAAGAAAUAAUCAAAGAAACGGAGCCAAGUGUUGUGCAAGACAAUUAAUCCGAUGGGUAGCAAAGCAUCUCACCGUGGAUGAGCUCAGCAGGAAGGAAGAAAGAACGCUGAAGCUGAGACUUGAACUUCCUUCCUUGCUUCUGUAGCGUUUUGUUUUUGUCGGGGCAGUUGGAUCUGUGUUUCUUGGUGUGGUCCUAAGAUCUGCUACCCCUUUUGCUCAAUGCUUAGCCAAGGUAGCCGGAUGUAGCAAGCAGAAUCAAAACACAACAAACACAAUACGCAUUUUGUAUACGUACCGACAGCAAGCGCAGCUUAGUGACAAUGUUCUAGUUCUCAGUCCUGCUCCUGUUGGCUCUGGUUUGUCCCAACUUUCUUCCUUCCCUAUCAAUCUGUGCUAAUGUUAGCUAUCCCAUAUUAGCUCCAGCAGCUGAUACUUUCAUACGCUACAAACCCAAAGCACCACUCCCGGGUCCUCUGAAUACCCGUUUCUACUAGAAAAAUAAAUUAACUGUACCGAUACACGGUAAUCAAAACGAUCCCCCCUUGUGGACAGGGAGUAGAACGCACACCGGCGCCAUACCUCUAGCGAAUGAGAAAAAAAAGCUGGGACAGAAAAAAUAAGAAAAGUGAAUCCCCCUCAAAAUGAAUCCAAACCGUAGAUAGAAUGUUUUAAGCGGUAGUAAACAAGUAAUUGUAACACUGGGAUUUGAUGCCCAUAAACAAGCGAAAAAAAAGAAGCAAAUCAGAUACACGCACACAGACGAUCAAAUACCACCACAUCGCCACCACUAAACACGCACGCAUACACUAAUUUGCAGGCAGUGUCUUCACCCCCUUAACAGCAACUUUCGCUCGGCAAAGUCAGGCAAAAAAAAGAUGAGGAAAAAUUUAAGCUAAAUCAGUAAAUCAGUAAAAUGAUAGAGGAAGAAAUUAAAACAACCGAAGUGAAACAAAGAAACAAACACACACGCAAAGUAUGAAAUACCAAUUAGAUUUAAUUACAGACCGAUCUUUUGUAAUAAACGAAGUGAAACAAAGCAAACAAACUAACGAAACCACACACACAAACACACAAACAAACCGAUAACUGCCGGAAAGAGAGCCGACGCAGCUUGCAAAUCAGCUGAAUGAACGGCGUCGGGACGCCAUGUUGAAAUAUUGUGACGGUGCGCUAUUUUGGGGUGCACCGGUUGGGAUUAGCUGCGAGAACACCAGCGUUGUAUGAACCGGCUUGAGCAAAACGAAUUUACCUACUCCAGCAGAAACUC